AUGAGUUGUACUCUCACAUCUAUUUAUGCGUCGUUACCGCGAACAACCCGUGGUCAACCUAUUGUCUUAGGUGCCGAUCCAAAAGGCAAAACAAUCUUAUAUACAAAUGGCAAUAGUGUUUUCAUUCGUAACAUUGAGGAUCCUUCUCAGUGUGAAGUCUAUACUGAACAUUCAACUGCUGUACAAUGCGCGAAAUAUUCACCUAGUGGAUCGUAUAUUGCUUCAGCUGAUAACCAUGGCAAAGUUCGCAUUUGGGGUGCUGAUAAUAAAGAGCAUUUAUUAAAAAAUGAGUUUCAACCGUUUUCUGGCUCAAUCAAAGAUUUAGCUUGGACAUCGGAUAAUCAACGCAUCAUUGUUGGCGGCGAAGGAAAAGAAAAAUUUGGUCAUGUAUUUUCUGCUGACGCUGGUAAUUCUGUUGGUGAAAUAUCUGGAAUGACGAAAGCAAUCAAUUCAGUUGAUUUUAAACCUACACGUCCAUUCCGUGCUAUAACUGGAAGUGAAGACAAUGCCGUUUCAUUUUUUGAAGGACCGCCAUUUAAAUGGAAAACUACCAUGUCCGACCAUGAAAAAUUCGUGCACGUCGUUCGAUACUCUCCUGAUGGUGAACGAUUCGUAUCAGGUGCUGCCGAUGGUCGCGUUUUUCUAUAUGAUGGUAAAACUGGCGAACGUCUAUCGGAAAUUGGUGCUCCAGCUCAUACUGGCUCAAUCUAUGGUUUAUGCUGGGAUUCAACAAGUCACUUUAUUUUAACUGCAUCAGGCGAUAAAACAGCGAAGAUUUGGGACGUUACCACAGGUGCCGCUGUACAAACAUAUUCAUUCGGUCAAGACUUAAAAGAUCAACAAGUUGGAUGUCUUUGGUCUGGAACUACAAUUCUUACUGUUUCACUUUCGGGUCAAAUAACAUAUCUCGAUCGUAAUAGUCCAACGCCAACUCGCGUUAUUCGAGGUCAUAACAAAAGCAUCACUGCAUUAACUGUUGCCCGCGGUGACAGCCAAGGUGCGAGAAUCAUCAGCGGUAGUCAUGAUGGUCUGGUUGUGCGUUGGAGUGUGGAUGGACGCGAAAUGAAUAAUAUCACUGGUGACAACCAUACAAAUCAAAUACAAAUGUUAGCUAGUAAUUCACGUGGUGUGGUAGCAUCGAUUGGUCUUGAUGAUACACUUCGUUUAUUAAAUUCAUCAUGGGAGUCAUAUGAUCGAGUAGAAAAAUUAGCUGGUCAACCGCGUGAUGUUGCCGUUAGUGAUUCAAAUAUUGUUUUUCUUGUAUGUGGCUCAUCUGUCUGCAUGUAUCGAGAACAACAAGGUGUUAUGGUGACACAUCCAUUAGACUUCGAACCAACUUCGAUCGCUGUUUUACCACAAGGCACACAGAUUGCCGUCGGUGGAAAAGAUAAUAAAACUCGUAUAUUUGCUGUUGAUGGCACAGCACUGACAGUUCUUCGUAUAUUAGAACAAAAAGAUGCUGUUACACGUGUUGCAUAUUCACCUGAUGGACGAUUUUUCGCUUCUGCUGAUAACAUGAAGAACGUUACUUGCUAUCAAUUACCUAAUUUUGAUCCAAUCAGUCGAGAUAUGUGGCGUUAUCACGCCGGUUCAAUAACUGGUCUUGCAUUUAGUCCUGAUGGUAAAAAACUAGCGUCCGUUGCUAUCGACACACACCUCAUGAUUUACCAACCGGAAAAUAUCACAAAAGUGACACAAGUUAAAGGUGCUCAUCCUCUAAAUCCGGCAACAUGCUUAGCUUGGCUUGAUAAUGAUACAUUACUUACCGGUGGCAAUGAUUGUUGUCUACGCAAAUGGAAUGUGAAGUGCUAA